GCGCCGCAGCCCCGCCCGCCGACCCGCCUGGCUCUUAUCCGGCUCGGCGGCAAGCGCCUGGUUCUUAACUCUUUUCGGCGGCCUCGCACGCGCGUGGUUCCAGCCCCGGCCUCCUCCUCUUCGGGCCGGCGGUGGGGCCAUGGCGUGUCGGCGGCGACCCGAGGCUGGCGUCGGGGCCCGCGGCGCGCUGGCGCUGCUGGCGCUGGCUCUGAACGUGCCCGGGGCCAGGGGCCGGGCGCUCGAGUGGUACUCGGCCGUGGUGAGCACGGAGUACGUGGACCCGCACACGAACCGCACCGUGUGGAGCGUCUCGGAGAGCGGCCGCUUCGGCGACAGCUCGCCCAAGGAGGGCGCGCAGGGCCUGGUGGGCGUCCCGCGCGCGGCGGACCGCGACCCCGAGGGCUGCGCGCCAGACACUCGCUUCCUCGUGCCGGCGCCCGGCGGCCAGGGGGACGCGCCCUGGGUGGCCCUGGUGGCGCGCGGGGGCUGCACCUUCAAGGACAAGGUGCUGGUGGCGGCGCGGAGGAACGCCUCGGCCGUGGUCCUCUACAACGGGGAGGGCCACGGGAACCUCACCACGCCCAUGUCCCACGCGGGAACUGGAAAUAUAGUGGUCAUUAUGGUGAGCUACCCAAAAGGAAGAGAAAUUUUGGAUCUGGUGCAGAAAGGCAUUGCAGUGAAAAUGACCAUAGGGGUUGGCACCCGUCAUGUACAGGAGUUCAUCAGUGGUCAGUCUGUGGUAUUUGUGGCCAUCGCCUUCAUCACCAUGAUGAUUAUCUCAUUAGCCUGGCUGAUAUUUUACUAUAUACAGCGUUUCCUAUAUACUGGCUCACAGUUUGGAAGUCAGAGCCAUAGGAAAGAAGCUAAGAAAAUCAUUGGCCAGCUUCCACUUCAUACUGUAAAGCAUGGAGAAAAGGGAAUUGAUGUUGAUGCUGAAAACUGUGCAGUGUGUAUUGAAAAUUUUAAAGUAAAGGAUGUUAUCAGAAUUCUGCCAUGCAAGCAUAUUUUUCAUAGAAUAUGCAUUGACCCAUGGCUUUUGGAUCACCGCACGUGUCCAAUGUGUAAACUUGAUGUCAUCAAAGCCCUGGGAUAUUGGGGAGAGCUUGAAGAUGUGCCCGAGACGUCUGCUCCAGAACCUACCCCUGGGAGUGUUUUGGUGGCAAAUUUGAGUAUCAGUUUACAAGAUGACAGAAGUGAGGGGAGCAGUUUGCCCUCGUCUUCCACUAGUGAUUCUGCACCACCGUGUGACACUAGUUUCAAAGAAGAUGCAGGUGAAAACACAGCCUUACUAGAAGCGGGCAGGAGUGACCUGCAACGUGGAGGACCCAUCUCCUCACGCACAUCCUCAUGACCACAUCAUGGAUAGAGCUUUGGCUCGAAUCAAAGGACUUUUUUUUUUUUUUUUUAAACUUCAGCACAUAGUUUGUAUAUUUGAAAAUAAUGUACAUUCUUUUACCUUUCAGAUUCUGAUUUGAUAUCCAAAGGGCUAUUUUAUUCUUAAAGAGACGUUUUGAUUAGUUUUAAUAUAUUUAUCUACUAAAAUGUAUCAUUUAUGAUAAACAGUAUGUUGCUUUGGACUAUUACAGAGACCACUAGGAAGGCACUCUAAAGGUCAGGGUAUGUUUCUGAAUAGUAGACUAGCUGCUACGGUACUGUAAGAACAGGAUUAAUUUUGUUUCUCAAGGAUGAUUUUAGACUGAGCAACUGAAUUUAGACCAAUGGAAAUGCAAUUGUAUAAUUCAGUGAUUGAUCAUGAGUUUUCCCUGGAGGAAAGAUUUUUCUAGAACAUUAAACCUGUGAAUGAGAUGAGAGAAAUCUAUAGCUUUCUUGAACCUCCAUGUCAUCAUCCAGAGACUUCGAAAUCUAAGAAGACUUCUUCAUGAUUUUCACUUGGAAUUAUAGGAAAAGCACUAGAUGGACUUUAGGCUUUGCAGUUUUCCUUUUUAAUUUCUAAUUUCUUAUGACACCUUAAAGGAGAGGGAAAUUUGUCCAUUUUUUCCACAAAUAAAAAAAGCUAAGAUUCUGUCUGCAUCACACUUGAGCAAUAAAUUUUUCAUUGCCUUAAAAUUAAAAAAAAAAAUUUUUUUUCAUUGCCUUAAGGGAAAUCGAGUAGGCAGAAUUAUUUUUAGUAAAUGACGACUGUAUUGGUCCCAAGUACUAUUUAAUCUUUACAACUAAAAAGGUAAUAGAUGGAGAAUUUUGGUUGUCACUACAAAAUAAACAAGCAACCAGUUUUCUUGAUUGGUUUAAAGCAGACUUAAUGAUGACCUUGUGUCAUCUAUCCUUUUUAAAAUCUUGGCUGUUCUUGUAGGUGAAAGGGUCAGGUUAAUGUAAAGCUUUUGGAGAUUGUGCUCUUUAAGUUUUCUAAAAUGAUUAAGCACACACAUAGUCUUCUCCCUCUUGGAGGUGGGAGUGGAGGAGGGUGAGGGAGAGUUACCUCUUAACUGUUGUCCUUUGUUCCUUCUAAGCUAGUUGCUGUGUAUAUCUUUAUUUUGUGAGUAAAAAAUAAAUGUUGAGAAAAAUAUAA